AUGGUCCCACCUAACGAUUCCGCUAUGUUCGACGCAAUACGUGCUCUGUUCAUAUCGGGCAAUCGGCCUGUGAACGAGUUCUACCAGAAAGCCUGGGGCAGAGCUUGGCCGACUGUCUACAAGAUGCUAUACAAGCCGGACGGUAUCAAAACUCCUGAGCGCGAUAUUCAGAUUCAUGAUGACCGCGACGGCGAGAUUGAUAUUUUCCCACGCUACGACUAUGUCUGCUUUGAGGAUAUGCAUCUGAUCAAGAACGCUCUGCUGCUCCCUGGGGUGGUUUCGGCGCAGCCUAGUGCUCUCGUCGGUCUUGAGGGCUACGACACACUGGUUCACCUUCUGGAGAGAAGGCACGCCAAAGGACUGAAUGGAUUUGUUGUAACUGGGCAGCCAGGGAUAGGAAAAGGGACCUUCCUUCUUUACCUUCUCCUCUACCGCCUCGCAAAGCGCCAGCCGACGGCGAUUCAGCAUCAUGCGAGAUACUAUAUCCUGUUUGACCAUGAAGGCUGGGCAGUGCGCCCGACUGGACAACUUGAUGAUCGGCUGCAAGCUUGCUGGGCAUUGACGGAUAGCGAUCUAGCUGGCGAGCAGCCCUGCGAGGUUUUUCGGCUCCUUUCCCCGUGUGUCGUUCAAGUGACGGGUCCAACGCCUGAGAUAUGGAAGUCGUGGACGAAGAUGAAGGAGACUACUGAGACACUCGUCAUGAGCCUCCCAACCGAGGCAGAGAUCGUCGCUGUGGUGAAAGAGCACAACCUCGCAUCAUCUGAAUGUCAAAUCUCGGCCAUGGUGCGGAAAUGGGGCCCCUCUCUGCGGCUGGCUCUUGACUUCGCUCGACGUCUCGAGAAUGCUUCCCUCGCUGAUGUUGAAUGGGCGUUCGAACGGAGGGCGAUGAACGCUGCGCGCAUAGUCUACGGAGACACAAGACCCACACAAGCGCUGUCCUGUACUCUAUCCGAACUCUGUGAUGAUUACGCGCCCUUUCUCUUCAUCUGUCCUAUGGCAGCCACGAAGUUACAGCAGUGGGUCUACUCUAUGCCAACUGAACAUCUACGGACGCUGUUCGUGUAUGCGGGCGCCACUGCCUCAAAGGAGCAGAUACUUCGUCUGUCUGUGGCUCUCCGCGCGCCUCAGUUUGCAAGAUCUUUAUCUGAUCGGAAGCUGGAGUAUCGGACGCAUGAACGGCUUUGCUCCGGAAGCGAUGUACUUCACCUUUUCAACGGGCAACGAAGGCGAGAAGUGCAUCCUGCGUUCGAACUACUAUUUCCAAAACUCCCUGGCGACCUCGACGACCCGGACCAUCCAAUAUAUGCAGACGCUUUCGGGCCGUUCUACUGGAUUCCCAUUGUUCAUGAGUUGGAGGGAGUACAUGGUGUCCUCGGAGACGACUCGGGCAACGUUUACGCCUUGCAUAUCGACAUCAAAGGGGAGCAAGCCGACCCUAUGAACGGGUUGUCACAGCUAUGGGACUGCGCCGGCGACUAUCUCCGGGAGCGAAGAGCCUGGAACCUGGUCUUCGUCGUUCACGAAGGAAUGGAGGGAAAUGAAUUGCCGGAGCUGUAUCCGGGCGGUCUCGAGUUGAACAGCGGGAAGCAUGUUGAUGUUUGGGCGGCUGCUAUUUGA